CGGUGACCUGUGAGCUUCUCGAGUGUCUCCACGUUUCGUUCAAGAGUUUAGGUCAUUAUCGUUGCUGUUUGAAGGUCUCGUUGAUACCUGUAUAUUCGCUCAUUAUAACACACCCCAUCUCUAUCUACCAACAUGCCUGUCAUCUUUGCUUAUUGGAAGAUUCGUGGGCUUGCCCAAGCUGUACGCCUUUUGCUGAACUAUGUGGGUGAAGAGUUCGAGGAUAAAAUGUACGAGUGUGGCCCUGCUCCAGAUUUUAGCCGUGAAUGCUGGUACAAAGAGAAGUACACACUUGGUCUAGAUUUUCCAAAUCUCCCCUACUAUAUUGAUGGGGAUAUCAAGAUAACACAGAGUAAUGCCAUCCUACGCACCAUAGCCCGAAAACAUAAUUUAUGUGGCACUACUGAUCUCGAGAGAGCGCAUUGUGAUAUGAUGGCCGACCAAGCCAUGGACUUUCGUAAUGGUUUUGUUAGACUCUGCUACAAUCCCAAAUAUAAUGAAGAGAUGAGGGCACAAUACCUCAAGGAGUUACCAGAGAAAUUCCUCAACAGCUUUUCCAAAUAUCUCGGAGAAAAGCCCUACUUUUGUGGAGAGAAUCUGACCUUUGUGGACUUCCAUAUGUAUGAACUACUUGAUCAACAUAAAGUUUUUGAACCAACAAUACUUAACAAUUAUGCAAAUUUACAAGCCUUCACUGCCAGAUUUGAGGCACUACCAGAGAUUAAAAAAUACAUGGCAUCUGAUAAGUUCAUGAGGCGGCCAAUCAACAACCCAAUUGCUGGCUUCAAGUAG